AACAUUAUAGAAGCUUAUGUUUGUUUUAAUGCAUUCAUUUAAAAAUGUGUAUAGUCAAUUAUCUGUAGUUUAAACUUCUAUUUACUUUUUUCUAUUCCAAAUGUGAAUUGUGUUUGUAAAUAUCUCACCACUAGAGGACAAACACUUAUACUGGCUUUAAUGUUGAAUCAGUUUAGUGACACAAAUAAGAGAGAUUUGAUCUGUUAUUCUCUUAUUUCACCACAAAAUUCACUCAUAUUUAUGCAUUUAUGGCAGAGCAUUUUCACAAAGGUUUGGCUACUCGAGACUGUGACUUUCUGUAUGAGACUGACAUCUAGUGGACUUGUUUAUUAUAUGACUGACACACCUGCUUGCACACGUUUCAUAAACACAACCAGGAAAUACUUUGAGUUCAGAGAAACUGAAACUGUUGGGCUGUUGUUUGUUUCUUUCUUUCUGUGAGUACAUACAGUGAAAUGGCAGAAGCCAGUAUUUCAGUGGAUCAGGAUCAGUUCAUCUGUUCAGUCUGUCUGGAUCUACUGAAGGAUCCAGUGACCAUUCCCUGUGGACACAGUUACUGUAUGAGCUGUAUUACAAACUACUGGGAUCAGAAUGAUCAGAAGAGAGACUACAGCUGCCCUCAAUGCAGACAGACCUUCAAUACAAGACCUGAUUUAAAUAAAAAUGUGGUGUUUGCUCAGAUGGUGGAGAUGCUGAAGAAGACGAAACUCCAGACUGAACCUUCUCUCAGUUAUGCUGAAGCUGGAGAUGUGAAGUGUGACGUCUGUACUGAAAGAAAACACAAAGCUGUCAAGUCCUGUCUGGUGUGUCUGAACUCUUACUGUCAAAAUCAUCUUGAACAACAUGAGAAAUUAUUCAAAGGCAAGAGACACAAAGUGACAGACGCCACUGGACGACUUCAGCAGAUGAUCUGUCCUCAACAUGAGAAACUUUUAGAGAUUUACUGUAAAACUGAUCAGAUCUGUAUAUGUCUCCUGUGUAUGGUGGAUGAACACAAUGAACAUAAGACUGUAUCAGCUGCAGCAGAGAGGACUGAAAAACAGAAAGAACUGAAGGAGACGCAGAUCAAAUAUCAGCAGAGAAUCCAGGAGAGCCAGAAGAAGUUUCAGGAGCUGAGAGAUGCUGUGGAGACUCAUAAGCGCUCUGCACAGACAGCAGUGGACGACACUGAGAGGAUCUUUACUCAACUGAUCCAAACCAUUGAGAGAAGACGAUCUGAGGUGACACAGCUGAUCAGAGAUCAGGAAAAGACUGCAGUGAGUGAAGCUGAAGGACUCUUGAAGCGACUGGAGCAGGAGAUUGAUGAUCUGAGGAGGAGAGACACUGAGCUGGAGCAGCUUUCACACACAGAUGAUCACAUCCAUUUCCUCCAGAGUUUUCAGUCUCUCUCUGUUCCUCCUGGAUCUUCAGACUCACUCAGCAUCACUGUCAGCUCUCUCAUCUCUUUUGAUGAUGUAGGAAAAUCUGUGUCUCAUCUGAGACAGAAACUGGAGGAUUUAUGUAGAGAAGAGAUAGAAAAGAUAUAUGAUAAAGUUGUUCCUGAACCUGAGACCAGAGAGCAGUUCCUAAAAUAUUAUCAUCACUUCACUGCAGAUCCAAACACAACAUAUAAACGUCUCUGUAUGUCUGAGGGGAACAGAGUGAUUACUAAAACUAACACACUCCAGCCGUAUCCUGAUCAUCCAGACAGAUUUAAUUAUUAUCUUCAGGUGUUGUGUAUUGAGAGUGUGAGUGGACGCUGUUACUGGGAGGUUGAGUGGAGUGGUAAGGUGUUUAUAUCAGUGUCAUAUAAGAGCAUCAGCAGGAAGGGAUUGGGUUAUGAGUGUUUCUUUGGAUAUAAUGAUCAGUCCUGGAGAUUGCGCUGCUCUGACUCCAGUUGUUCAUUCAAACACAAUAGCAUUGAGACUAAACUCCCUGUAGUGCUCAGAUCUUCUAGAAUAGGAGUUUAUGUGAAUCACAGUUCAGGAUCUCUGUCCUUCUACAGCGUCUCUGACACAAUGACCCUCAUCCACAGAGUCAACACCACAUUCACUAAACCUCUCUAUCCUGGGUUUUAUGUUUGUCCUGGAUCAGUGAAACUGUGUGAUAUAACAAUAUAGAUGAUACAGAGAGUCUUUAAAUGAUUUUGUCAUAUGAAAAAUCUGAACAUGAUGAAUCAACAACAAAGAAAUAAUAAGUCUUUCAUUUACUAAUUAGCAAUUUUAAAUAACUGAUUGUAAUGUUAUUAUUUCAAUAAUUGUAUUUUGUCCUGUCAAACAGAGGUAGCUGUACAGUAAUUAUUCACAGUUAAUAUUAUUCAUCUACAGCCAUGUAUUGUUUUAUGUGUACAAACCACUAUAAAUAAAAUGUUAUACAAGCCACUAAAAUGUUUGAGUCUAUAUUCGAUUACUUAAAUACAGAUUACUUAAAUACAGAUUACUUAAAUAAAAUGUCCCAGUACAAUAAAACCAUUAAAGGGGACAACCAAAAAUUAUUCGGCUGAAAAACUAAUUUUCUGUGUUCGACCGAAAAAGUGAAAAGGCCGAAUAAAUUUGACUGAAUAAUGAGUUUGAUGAUGUGAUGAAAUAGAAACCAGUGCAGAGUGACAGGUGCACAAUUAAAUUUCCCAGUACAAUAAAAGCAUUUAAGGGGACAUACCAUAAAAAUCUGACUUUUUCCAUGUCUAAGUGCUAUAAUUGGGUCGCCAUAGCUUCUAUCAAUCUAGAAAAUGUUUGCGAGUUUCUAAGCAGAUAAAAUUGAGAACUAUAUUGUACUGUAUUGUGGAAGAGCACUUAGACGCAAAAUCAUCACUCCUGACUUCAGAGGUUUGAUCGAGAGGAGGAGCAGUCAGGAGUGAUGAUGUUACUGCACCUGAGAUCAAAGUCAAGCAAACAAACUGCUCCUUUUGUAAAGUGUUGGUCAUAUUUGAGGUUGAUUGUAGACUUUAACAACACAGGGUGAAACUGUGUCGCUCUGUGUGAUGUGUACAACUCAGAUUAACUACAAUACAUCAAUAUGUUAAAUGAUUUAAAACUUUUACUCUCAACUGGAGAAUUAUUAGAUAAAGCUGUUUUUUAUCACGUCUGACCCAACACAUUUUUGGCAUGUUUGUAGACCAAGAGAUUUUUAAAAAAAAAAUCUUAUUCAUGAUUUGUUUUCUGCCAAAUUUAUCUGAAGGUUUACAAAAAUAGUAAAAUAAUUAUGAAUAUGGCACAAAUCAUCCAUUGAAAUAUCUCAAUGUAUGUUAUCUCGAUCUCAUCUUCUGGCUUCUAGUCAAACUAGAUUGUAAACACAGAGUCAGGAUCGGACAUGACGGAUGAAUGUCUAGGGUAGAAACCGAUCACCUAUAACUUUUCAAAAGCACAUUCUGGCGAUAACCACGAUCUGAAUACCAUACGCCAAACCUAGUGUUAUAUCAACAGUGUUAUUAUGUUUACUAGAGAUUCAUGUUUUUUACAGCGCUUGUUUUUAUACAUAAUUUCACGACGUGUGUGGGUUUUUUAUGAAACAUGCCAUUUGGAUUUAGUUUGUCGAUCAUCCGUUAGGCCUUGCAGAUCUCUGAAGCCUUUUUUGACUCCUACGAGAACAGGGUCGCCUUGUUCCUAAUGCCCUGUUUCUUUCAAUUGCCUUGAUUGACAGAAUGUGAAACGGAGAAAUCGAAUCGAUAGUCACCGAGUGUCUUUAGGACGUCGAGGUAGACUCGACCGUCCCGCUUAGGCUUGAAAGGGAGCGACGGCGCUCAAGUCUUCACGAUCGAGCGUGAGGACUCUAAAACUGAUGCUGGAGAAAGCGCUGCUUGUUUGAGAUUGUGAGCUUGUGUAGGUACAUGAAAAGACGAGGUUAGCGAUGGGUCAGGGUUUAUCUUCAGUUCUCAUGUUUGUUGAUUUUGAUUUGUUACUUUUUGGACUUAAUCUAAGACAACGUCAUUUAGUGGCUGUAUAACAGAGUAUAAAAUGAGACGUUUUUACUAUUAAGUUGUGCCAAAGUUUUUAUUUUAUUUAAAUGUGUUUUUAAUGGGUAUGUGAUUAUGAAAGGUGAAUCAUUUGUAUAGCCUGAUUUUACAUACAAAGCUGCUUGUGUACCCUGGCCAAAGGCAGAUCCAGUAAACCAGGAGACAGAUCAUUCACAUUAAAGUUCACAGAUGUGUUCACAACCAGACAAAAAAAAAUUCUGCUAAUUCAAGAUCACUUGAGUCUGGAUUACAGGUUUGGUUUUCCUGGUUUAGGUGCACAGAUUCAUAAAGAUGCACACAGCAUUGCAGUUUUCUCACUAAAGCCUUAUUUCAGUGUUUGAACCCACACAGACAUUCAAUCACAAACCCCAAAAUUACAUCUUAUAUUUUAUUGACUUUAUUAAUCAUGUUACACUUAACGUUCACUCUUUUAUUUCAAAUCUUUUUUUUUUUUAGAAAUUUAUUGUGUUAUUGUUUGCAUAUAAAGUUGUGAAAUUCAUUUUUUGUAUUUGACAAUAUUGUCAUCGAGCUGUUUUAGACUGUAGGAAACGAAAUAUUUCUUCUUACUGUCACUUCUUUUACAUCAUGUUAAGUUCAUGUUUAGUUAGUAGUGUUGUAUACUUAAUCCUUCAUGUUAUAUUUCAUAGUAGACUGUUUGAAAUUGUCAGAUUUAAGGACUUUGGUUUUGAAUUUGUUGAACAAAAUGUUUUCUUUCAUGUUGUCUUAAAAAAAUGAAUGAAAAGAGAGAAAGAAAAACGUAACGUAAGAAAUAAGAAUUGUACUAAAGGAAGUUAUUUUCUACUGUAUCAUUUCAGAAUUUAAAAUCGUGUUGUGAUAUUUAAAAAAAAGAUAGAAAAAGUAAAAAACAUCCCUCAAUAUCAAGCCAAACAAGAGCAGCAACAUUUCUGAAUAUUUAAAUCUAUAAAAACAGAUAGAGGUCACGAGGUUUGUCCUCUGGAUGUAAAUGAAAGAGAGAGAGAGCCAUAACUUAAGGGACGAAGGUUGACUUUUUGCACUUCUUGUACAUAGUCAAUAUAAAGAAAAGAAAAUGAACAUGUAUAAUAUUGAGAUCUUAUUUUGAAUAAUAAAAGAUUGUAUAACUAUGAGAAAAUUUUCUUAGGAUAAUUUAAGAAUUAGAGUAAUAGUCCAGCUAACAAAUAACGCUUGCAGAAAUGGCACGCAGCUGUUUUAUUAUAAUUUUCGGCCAAUCACAGUACAGAUAAUAAAGCUCAGUGUUGACUGCACAAUGAGAUUCAUCAGAAUUGACCGUACACUCCGUCUCUACAUAGUUUCCACUGUGAGAAAUUGACUUUGAUUUAUCUUCAAAAACACAGUAUUUGUCAUAUGAUGGACAGAAGUAACUGCAUGAAGAAGAAAAAUCUUAAUUUUCAUCAUAGAUAAGUAGCUAAGUUCAUUUCUCACAGUAUCGUAACUAUCAUUGUCACAGCGUAGUGUAUAUCAAGUUAUAAACAGUAAAUAUCUCAAUACAUUGACUGAUCCGAGUAUAGCAGCAGUGAAAACAAUAGGAUUAUAAAAUCAACUCGAGAUGUUAAGAAAAGACGUCCACAUAACUCACAGCACACACAUGAGAGAGUUGCUUUGUGAGCAGGGAAAGGACACAAAGCACAGAGGAAAAAAACUAAAUGAAUGUACCUGUCAAAUCCUCCAGCACUGAGGUCAGCGUUUCACUCAUUUCAGGUUGCUGCACAAUAGCUAUGAAACCAAAGCAUCACUUUUCCAAAACUAAACUCAAUGCCUGAAAGCUGUCAGUUGUGUUACAGUUCAACCACACAGGUGAUCUUACCUGCUGAAAGCACCUGCUUGAUGCUUAACAUCCUCCAUGAAUCUUACACCUCACCUUUGCUUAUAGUUGCUGUAAGAUAUUGUGCUGCAUUCUGAAAGACUUCUUGUUUUAUGCACAUUUAUUAUUGUUAGAGUCGACUCUUACUGUUAUGAGUAAAACUAAACUUAAUAAAACACAAAUGGAUUUGA